CGCUAAUGUCCGUGUUUUCCAAAUCCUGGUGUCUCUAGCGCCAGGGAGCUCUCCAGGUUCUCGGGUCUGGAUGUAUGAAUAGAUGGAUAGACAAUGCGAAGGUCUAGAUGGGAGCUGCUGACGGGUAGGAUGCAGCGAGGACGAGAGACCUUACUCACUACAUCUUCCCUGUCGACUCUCUGCAUGCCUGGUAGCCUCAGGCCUCUAAAUAGGGCUGCACAGCCACGCUACUACGGCCCCGCCGGCACCGAACAUCUGCGGACUGCGAACAGAUCUGUGGCGGUCUGGCGGAGAAGCCCGUGGCUUGACCCUGUCCGUCUCCGCUUAGGGCGUCAAUAGUCGGGAUAGCUUCACACCCACACUCACACCCACACCCUGAGUCGACCGUCGGCUCUCCACACUUCCCCUGUCAUGCGGCCCCUCGCCGUGAGCUUGAGCUUGUUGCAUUGAUGCUCGGCCUGUUUUCUUUCCCCUUCGGGAUGACCA